UAUACAAAAGCCCCCAGUCCACGUCCUUUGACCUAGUCCUUGCUUCUGCGCCUCUUAGCUCUUGGUUUCCGCCUCAUACACUGCGCCAAGAUGGCAAAGUCGAACUUCACGAGCCACGAUCAAGCACUCGAAUCGUCUAAUGAAGCUUUCCUCCUAUCCGAAGGACGACCUCAAGAACAUGAGCCCAAACCAAUCGUUGUACGGCCAAAGGCUACACUCUACUCAAAAUGGAUUCAGGACUGGUGGCUCGCCGAAAUCGCUUCCCUCGUCCUAGGCAUCGUUGCCGUCAUCUCAAUAUGUGUUGUUUUACUGGAUUAUCAGGAUAAACCAGCACCUGCACUCAAUGCGGUGUUAGGCGUUGGCAUCACGCUCAACACCAUCAUCGCCAUACUUUCAACCGUUGGACGCGCUUCUCUGCUCUACCCCGUUGUCCAAUGCAUGAGCCAGCAAAAAUGGGCUUGGUUUUCCAGUCGUCCCCGGCCUUUGACAGACUUGGAGACAUUCGACCAAGGUGCUCAAGGUGCACUGGGUUCACUGUUGUUACUUUGGUCCAUCAACGUCCGUAACUUCGUCUCCAUUGGUGCAGUGCUUGUUAUCCUGGGGCUCGCUAUCGACCCUUUAUCUCAACAGCUCUUGCGUUAUGACCUACAGCCUGUAGCUCAACUGUCAAGCCCUGCGUACGUUUCAACAGCGUUGCAAUGGGCCACGGACCGGCAACAAGGCCAAAUGCUCCACUGGGAAAAACCUACCACCGAUGUGCUAUCUCUGGUUGCAGACCCUCCGCUCUACACGAAAGCGGCGGUUCAAGCGGGUCUUCUUUCAGCAUUUUCCAUUAUCAACGACACUGAGCCAUUUUGUUCCACAGGUAAUUGUACCUGGCCUACGUACCUAUCUUUAGCGGUGUGCAUGAGAUCGCAAGAUGUCUCCGAACAUGUACAAAAGAUACAGCUCGAAAGUAAACUCAAACAAAAAUAUUUCAGGUAUUUUCUGAACGAAGAUUUCUACAUCGACGAAAACAUGAAUGGCGUUCGCUUGAACGUAUCUUCUGUGGCGACAAACACACCAAUCAUCGACGAUAAUACAUACCCGGACAACGCACUGAACUUCAGUCAAACGAUUGCAUUUUCCGACAAUCUCUAUCCAAUUGCUGACAUAUUCGUCAUGUAUAAUAAUGGGUCAGCGCCAGAGGAUACAAGAUUCUCCGCUUUUGAAAUUCUGCUGGAAUGGUGUGUUCAGGAAUUCAGCACGACGGUCAUUAACGGCAUAGCCACUACUACGAGAGGGAAAUCCACGAACAAAUUCACAGGAGAUAGAGGCUCGUUCAUAAUUGGCCCCAGAUUCAAUACGACCGACGAUUUCGCUUCGCAGUCAGUCAUGUCCGAUGCACUCGCGGAUGCAGAGUACAUGAUCGCGAACGUUACCCACUUCAGGCUCUCCAACUAUAUUCGCAAGACCAUAAAGGGUUCUGUUAGUAACGUUGCCAAUAGCAACCCUUCAUGGCUAACAACUUCCGAUGCUGCAGAGGCAAUUUACAGGCAAAUUGACCGCGCCAGGGACGAUCAAUUACAAGGGGACGUGGGCCAAAAGGAAGACGUUGAGAAGGACUUAAGAAAGUUUUUCCAAAAUAUCGCAACCAGUUUGACAAAUGAUGUUAGGACUGCAGAGAACCAUACGUUCGCCACGGAAAACAUUUGGGCCCUACGGUCCACUUUCAUGAGGGCUAAUGGCACGGCAUGGCGAGAGCAAGCCUUUGUCCGCGUGCAGUGGGGUUGGAUUGCUGGCCCGAUGACUCUCGCCAUACUGAGCCUUCUUUUCGUUGCCAUCACGGUAGUGCAAUCUAGUCGACAUAGGCAGGAGGUCUGGAAAUCAUCAUCGUUGGCAACGCUUUUGGCGCUCAGCGAUGAGAUACAUUCACAUAUUGGAGGAGUUCGCAGCGCCUCGGAGAAUGAGAGCUUGUUGAAACCUACGAAAGCCUCAAUGGUGCAGGUAUCUGAGGGAGCAUGGAGACUUAGAAGUGCUCAAGAUAUAUGACGCAAUGUUUUAGUAGAUUAGACGGAUCGUCCUAGAAUAUUUCAAACUCGCAAUCACAACAUACAAAGCUUUUCCUCUCAUCGCUAUAUCGAUCAAGCAGAAAGCCUCGGAGAAUACCAACAGUGCGAAUUCCUCACUAGAUCGUGCC